GAGUGGAAGGUGCCCACGAUCGGGGACGCGUAUCAGUUCACUACGAAGAUGCUACUUCAGCGGGCUGGGUCGGCCUUUGAGUCUGAAAGCGGGCGACUUCGAGAGUUAGUGGUGUUGGUUUAAUCGAGCGUGGACGCUACAUGAGAUUGCCCGCGACCCGCUCAUUGACCAGCGAUAAUGUCAUGAUGGAGGAAGAGGUGCGAAUGAGGUUCCGUCGACAACUGGAACCGUUGCAGGAGAUGAAAAGAAACACGACAACAUGUUUGGAUUCCUGUCGGAAAUGCGGAAAUGGUGGUCAACGCCUCUGGAUAAAGUCGCAGGCUUGGCACACAGUUGCUGCAUCUGGUGUGUCCCAAUAUACCGUGAAGAUCAGUCGGAAGAGGAGGCCUGGACAGCGCUUGUGAAUGCGAUGUCUGUUCGCAAACGGGCAUACUUGCUUUUCUUUUACCCUGAGCCUGGGGAUGGAGACAUAUCUUGGCGACCAUCGUGGAGGCAGGUAAUGGCGAAGCCGCUUCCUUCGCUUCGCCGGUACAGUGUAUUGCAAAAUAAGGUGGAACGCAUGGAGAAAGCAGAUGUCGAUGUAUACAAAGGACCCCGUAUCGACUCGGGUGAUGUGCCGAGGAUGGCCGACGGAUCACAGGACGGGACGCCUCAGCAGGGAGAGUUAGUCGUCAAGGAUGAUAGCGGGACUCUCCACACAAUCCAGAUCGUCGCUGACCAUGCGUAUCCAAUACUCGAUGGCGUAUAUACCCUGAUAGGUGGUAAAGCCAGAUUCGAUUAUCUGUCUGAGAAUUUCGAAUACGUCUACAUGAGAGACUGGGUAGUCGGGCGGUGGACACUGGAGGCAGGGCGGGAAAUUUGAGAAAUUGUCGGUGUUUAGUAUUGCGGACGUUGGAGAACGGAAGAAGCUUGAGAAGCUUAGAGUUGCAGAUCCCGGUGCUAAAACUGUUCUUAUUUGAUUCUAUCAGGUUUAAAGGAGGUCUAAUGGUAGUGAGAUGGGAUGGAGAAUAACGCUGUAUGAACCUGAGAGAAGACGGCGGUCAUGGAGCAUAACGAGGGCACUUACAUGCAGGUUGAUACUUCUCCAAUACUAUUCGCAUUUAGAUAUGGCUUAUCCGGUCAUACCCUCAUUUGCAUGAUACAUUUUAAAUAAUUGAACGACACGAGGAGGGCAAGUAGUAAUCAUCAUGGUCAUGGCACACCUGAAAGAAGUCUGGGACACCGGUGGAGUCGGGGCAUUUUAGUACGCUACCGUCGACGACGACAACUGGUAC